AUGCUUGUGAUAAAUAUACAAUUCUAAUUAGAUAUUCAACUAGUAAAAUAUAUAUUUGUGAACAUUCUUAUCAUAACAAAUAUUAUAAUUCAGUUUAUAAGUAUUGUUUAGAAUAUUAUAAAAAAGAAAUUUAUAAACAAGUUACCUCAUUUAAAAAAGGAUUAGAAAAAGUUGAAGUUGAUAAAGAUAUUUUUGAUAAUGAAAAUAUAAAUGAAGAUAAUUAUAAUAAUUUAGAUAAAGAAGAUAAUAAUGAAAUAGAAGAAGAUAUAGAUUAUAAACUUCAAAUAGCUAUUAAUAAUAUUAAUCAAUAG